AUGGGUACUUUGCAAAAGCAAUAUUUGCUGAUCCCCAAAAAGAAGGACAGAAGGCACCCAAAGGUUUCCACCUUUGUAGUGAUGCUCCUUUUCAGUAUUCUCUUCAUGAAAUAUACCAAUUGAGCAACUAUGGGAACAGUUCAGAUUACUUCAGAUCCAAGCAAGGUCAGUGAAGUAGCUGAAAUGAGGCUACUUAUAACCCCAGUGGAACCGAUACCAGCCAAUGGGAAGAUCAAGAUAACUAUUCCCUCCACAACUUCCAUUACACAAGGGAGCUUAGCUUGAGUCAUGGUCGAACCCUCUGGAACCACUGUAACCUGUACAGCAACAAAUAGAGAAAUUGUAGCAGUAGUAGGAUCUUCAUUAAGUGUCAUUCUGCUACAAUUAAACAUCCCUGGAUUUACAAAUCCUCCAACAACUUCUCCUACUGAUUCAUUUAUUGUCUAUACAACAGAUGCUUCAGAUAAUAUCCUAGAUCAAAAGACAUCUGGAGCAUCUCUCACUGCAACAGUUGGUGCUUUGACAGCUUCCAGCAUUACUCCAGCAUCAGAUGUAGUUGGUGAAAUCACCACUGCUAAUUUCCAGAUCACUUUGGCGCAUGAAGUCCCGGCAGGUGGUACUAUCAGGGUAAAUUUCCCAAAAUGGAACCCAAAUGCUGCAUCUGGAAGCAUAUUCUCAAUGAUUCAGGGAACUUAUAUAUGCACAUCUCUGCAGAAUCUGGAUUCUGGUUUAAUAUGAGACUUUUCAAACGAUAUCCUGACAUUAAGUAAAAUAAAUCCUUCAGCAGCCAUAGCUGCUGCUUCAGUGGUCAGAUUUUCAGUAACAAGUGUAAGGAAUCCUCUCUCUACUGCAGCUAAAAGUGGAAUUUCCAUAACUACCAUUGCGCCAAAUGGAGGAAGUAUAGAUUCUGCAAGCUUGACUCUCCAAGUAUCUACUGCAGCAGCUAUCUCUUCAGUGACUCCUUCCAGUACAACUACUACAGAAGUCUAUGAAUCCACAAAUUUCAGACUAACUUUUCCUAUCCCGCUGGAUAUGGAUGCCAACUGGAAGUUUGAAAUAACUUUCCCAAGUGAUAUAACAAUCUCUUCCUUCACUGAGAUAAAUGGGUAUCAGCUCUUUGGAGGAAAAGUUAAUUUCUUGCCAAGUGCUACUAUUCAUACAUCUAAUAACACCGUUGUAGUAAUAAAUGCAAUGAGCAGUUAUACAACUACAUCACUCAGUGCAAUAGUUGAGUUUGUGACUAUACAAAACCCUCUGAGUAUCAAAACUACAGGCAGCUUUGCAGUAUAUCUUAAGACGUCAUCCGGAGCAAACAUAGCAUCUAUUACCACAGGGAUAACUUAUACUGCUACUGUUGGCUCUAUUACUGAUAUGACUGCUACACCUGAUGCAACUACUGUUGGUGUUUCUACAUCUGUGUUAUUUCGCUUUAAGCCAAAGCAUAACAUCCCUGCUUCUUCAAAACUAAUCGUGACUCUACCCUCAGAGACCUCUAUAGUUGCUAAAACCUCUGCAACUUGAACUCUUUCAGAUCUUGCUCACAUCCAAUCAUCAGCAACUUGUACUGUAACUGGAAGAGUAAUUGAAAUUUCAAGUCCUUUCUCUGCAGACUUUAAUCAAGAUACAACAAAAAUUAUCGCUUUUAAGAUUGGUGAUAUUACCAUGCCAAGCACUACAGCUCCUUCCUCAAUUGGAACAUUUGAGACAUGAUACUUAACCGGUGGAACGUGCUAUAGUAUAGAUAAAUCGACACAAAGUGCUCUUCUUACCUCAACCGUUGGGGCGUUGACUUCGUUCAAUGUAGCUCCUACUUCAACCCUUGCUUAUGCUUCUACAUCAUAUACAUUCACACUUGUGCCAGCAAAUGAGAUUCCUAUAGGUGGAAAAAUUUUGAUAACUCUUCCAUCAGAGGUGACUAUUCCUAAUCCCACAUACUCAGGAAACAGCUGCUCUUUUAGAAGGAUGCUCAAUGGAAAGAGAGAUAUUGCAUCCACAGGAUUAGGCUCAUCUUUUACCUGCACAUGUACUUCUUCCACAAUCUUAGUUGAAGAAGGAUUCACAACAUCUGCCUUCUCAGGAGGAGGAACUAUUUCUUUUGAUAUUAAAGGAAUAAGAAACCCUGUCUCAACUGAACCAACAUCUAGCUUUGCAGCAAAAACAAGAACCUCGGCGAAUUACGAUAUUGAUGAGAUCAACUCAGGGAGAUUUGUGAUAAUGACAACUGUGAGUGCACUCCAAAGUGUCACUCUGUCUUCCUCUUCUCUUGUAAAUGGGGCUCAAAAUAAUUUAAGAAUGACGGUAAAUUCACCAAGUGAUCUGCUAAAUGGGUAUAAACUUGUGGUGACCUUCCCAACCCAGGUUGAGCUUCCAACUACAGUUACUUGCCAAGGAGUCGACCUACCUAGUACUACAAAUGAUCUUGCCACAACUGUCACGUGCUCAAAAUCUGGAAAUUCAGUGACAGUGACUUUACAAUUCACAACAGAUGCCAGACUUUCUGCAGGAAAUUCGUUUGCUGUAUUAUUUCAGAAUAUCAAAAAUCCAACGUCGACUAGCCCAAGCGAUAACCUUGUGACAGCUAUCAACAAUGCCAAUAAUUUUCAAGUGAACGACUACAGUUCUGAUUUAAAAAUAAUCACAACACAGCCUGCUGCAAUUACAACAUCCUCUUUAGUCCAGAGCUCUGGCGAUGCUAGUGCUGUAAUUGACAUUACCAUAAGUAUUCGAUUGGUCCACGAUAUUCCUGCAAAUGGGCUGAUUUCGAUUAUCCAUCCCUCAGAAGUAUCCGUAGAUUCAGGAACUCUUACAGCAUCUUUGCUAUCGCCAACCUCGAUUGCCUCUCUGACUUUAUCGUAUACCUCAAGUGAUAGAAGAAUAAAAAUUACUAAUAUGUUCCCAUCUGGAGGAACUGCUGGUACGACUUAUCAAUUCCAGCUUAAAAAUGUAAAGAAUACAGACACAAGCACAGCUACCUCUUCCUUUACGGUAACAACUUACCUAACUUCAUCAGGAAAUUAUAGGAUUGAUGAGGUAUCAACUGGCCUAACAAUGGCAGCUUCAUGCAAUUAUCCAUGAGCUACUUGUGCUUCAUCAACUCCUUCUGUCUGAACUUCCUGACUGACUGCUACUCCUGCACUUUAUCUCCAAGAUAACAGCUGAGUCACUGUCUGAGAUGAAGGUAAACUUCCUGUUGGAAAUACUUGAAGUGAUUGUAAUUCACAAUGUGUUGCAUGAGAUUCAAGUGAUGCGAACCAUUGAACAAAAUGUGGCAAGACUGGCUUUGAAUACCUCUCUGGAACAACUUGCACUGGUACAUGUCCAGAUGGAACAUUCGGAAAUAGUGUUAACAACAACUGUGAUGCUUGUGAUUCUACCAAUGCUUUUUGCAAAACAUGUAGUGGUAAUAGCCAAACUUGUACUUCAUGACUGAAAACUCCAGCAGUUUACAUUCUCUAUGGGACCUCAUGAGUAAGCACCUGACCACCAAAUGAAUCUAUUUACAAUGCAAUAUCAGACAAAUGAGAUGCAUGAAAUUCAAAUUGAUUAACAUGCUCAGGAUCGAUUACUCAAUGAACAUCUUGUGUAUCUAAUAGAAAGUUAGAUUUGAGAACGAAUACUUGCGAAACUUCUUGUGAGACUGGAAAAACUAUAGAAAGUGGCUCAAACUGUAUCGGAUGACAUUCAAGUUGUAAUACCUGAGAAAUAGCAUCUACUACAUGCACUUCCUGCACAGGAACAAAUGUGGUAACUACUUCAAACGCCUGAGCAAGUUCCUGUAGUAAUUCAAAUGAAGUAGCUAUAAAUGGAGUUUGAUAUACCUGAGACUCCAGUUGCUCAUCCUGCUCAGGAACUGUUAGCACUUGUACUGGAUGCAACUCACCAUUUGUCCUUCAUGAGAGCAAAUGAAUUACAGAUUGACCAACAAAAUAUCAAAAUAAUACUGGAACCUGAGUCGAAGUAGGACUUGUAUGCCCAACAAACUUUACCUUAAGCGAGGAUGAGACUUCUUGUGUACCUACAAGAGUCACUUGUGAUGAAGGAUUCAAAUUAAAUAGCUCAGGAAAUUGUGUGCCAGAUGGAACUGGAUUUGUCCCUUUCCCAUUUGUCUUUAUUCUUUGAUGUCUCACUCUCAUCGUAAUUGCUGGAAAAAUCAAAGAUAAGAAUCAUACUAGAGUGAUUGCCAAUCUUAUUGCUCUUUAUGGACUAGUAGAGCCUGCACUGAUGCUUACUCUAUUUAUUAGCUGAAUAUUUAUUGGAAAAAUGAUUCCUUCAAUCUUAGCAAUAGUGGCCUUAAUCCUUCAUUACUGUCUAAACCUUACAAUGCUAAUCAGAUAUAAGACAUCAAUGAUGAACGAUAAGGAAUUCUCAAGAUGGAUCCUCGUUUAUAGGAAGACUAAAAUUACAAUCCUCAUUCUUGGAACAGCAGGAAGUUUCAGAGCAUUCAAGAUAUUCUAUGCAGGACUCUUUGGACUUGAUAGCUGAAUGGCGAGAUUUGAGAACCCAAAGAGAGCCUUUAUGAGACCUCAAAACUACCUCGCUUUCUUCUCUUUAGCAAUUAUAUAUGUAUUACUUACUGUUGCAUCAGUCACAGUAUUCGUGACUGUAGGAUGGGGAUAUCAAGCACUAAUCACAGCUAUCGAAGUCAUAAUUCUCUACAUAAUCUUGAUUAUUUUGCACAUCCUUGAGAAGACCUAUGACCCAAGUCCUUGAAGUGAUAAGGAGUAUGUCCAAAUAGGAAUGAAGAAGUAUGGAGAAGAUCUUACGAUGUCAGGCGUCCCUAUUCACAACUACAAUGAUGAACUUAAUGAAAAAGAAGAACAGCUUAAUAUUGACCUGAGAAGACAAGCCCUAACUGAUAUUGUCAGGACUGUGAAAUCUUAUUCAAAAGAUGGCUUCUUCUCUGAUGGAACUCUUAAACAAUGUGAAAUCCAAACCAAAAUGCGCCGUGCUUUCUCAUUCAAAGAGCUACCUCCAAUCAAGGAGGAAGAUUCAGAGGAUACAUCUGAUGAAGAGAAGGAUUAUUAUUACCAGCCAAGAAGGAAACGAAGAUUCUCUAUCGGAACAGAGAACAAACUUGAAAAAUAUGCUGAUCAUAAGUUCUUCACAGCUAUUGAGGACAUAAGGAGUGGGAAAUAUCUUCCAGAUAAUGUGUAUGCUGACCAACACCCUGAUCGAAUAAUGAAUGAGGCUGACAGAUACCUACAUGUUGAUAGAGAAACCCAAACUGAUGAUAAUGACCUGAAACUACUCUGGAGAUUAGCAAGAACCAUUCCUCCAUUCAAACUUUCAGAUAUUCUCGGUGAGUUCGAAAUGGAUCCUACAGGCAUGUACAUCAUUAUUAGAGAUGAAGGCAAACUCAAGGAUAAGCAUGGAAGACUCGUUAAUUCGAGAGGUUAUCUUAUUGACGAGGAAGGCAAUGUCAUUCAUCAAAACGGAACAAAGAUAUUUGACAAAACAGAGUUAGAUUCAAACGAUGAAAUCCCGGCUCCUUUCUUAAUAGAUGAGGAUGAAAUCAAUGCUAUCUCUAAACCAGAACUGAUUCCUAUGCCAAAAACCAAGCCUAAAAAGUCUGCUAAUCAUCCUGAUAAUAGAACAUUUAAAAGAAAAGAUGCUUCAGCUUCUCACAGAAAGAGUACUGGGAGGAGUAAAAGGAAGCCUCCAACUCAAGAAAGAGUUUCUAGCAUUAUGACUGAUUUUCCUAAACCAGAUAGAGCUAAGAUUGACUCCAAAGCUAAGAAGAUGAGGCCUAUCACGUCCAAUACAAAGAGGCCAAUGACACAUGGUCAGACUAACAGAAGAUCAAAGCCUAUGUUUGGUAAUUACACUGAAGGCAGGACUAAUAAAGUCAAAGAAGAAACAUCAGAUAUGAACUCCACUAUUAAUCUCGAUAAGAUCAAUAUCUCAAAGAGACAGAACUACAUGCUUAACGAUACUGAUGACAUUGAUCACGAGUCUGAUCUCAGAGAUACGAAGGAGAACCCAUCAGAUAUGUUCUUCAAAGAUUACCUUCUAAAUCAGAGACCUGACUACUAUGGAGAUACAUCUGAUAAGUUGUCAAAGUCGAGGAAGCUUUAUUACUAGUUCAGUUUUAAUAUUCUAU